UCCACGAGCUAAACCACGAGUGAGUGUGUGUGUGUGUAAUCAGCACCAGUGGCAACCGUUCCACCCACCGUAAGAUGCCGUGGGGUUGCCUCUGUUCAAAGGAGAAAAAACGGCCCCAAAUCAGCAGUCCGAUACUGAACCCGGAGGAUACUCAGAAGCUUCAGUUGCUUCCCGCCGUUAGACGUCCGUUGCUAUCGGAUGCGGAGAAACUCGAGCAACGGUUGCUGGCCCCGAACCCUAACGCUGACUUCGACAACGAAAGUAGCGAAGAAACGCAACCUCCGAACGAUGCUGGCCGUGAUCGACUACAGCAGCAGCUGCUCCAGAAGUCGCGCCUCAAGUCCUCGAACCUUAAGAGCACUACGUACACCCGGAACACCGAAAACGACAAGCUAACACGGCACCUGAACACCGUCAAGUUCAGUUUCGAUGAACCCGUACCACAGAAGGCUGAAGGAGUGGUGGGCAAACCACUCCGGAAGUCGUCCGAACGGAGUGAACCUCCUCCAAAGCCUGAUCGUAGGAUAACCUCAGCAGUAACGCAACAGAUUGUGGUAAAGCUACCGGACACGGCUGGUAAUGUGUCGCUGGAGCAGCAUCACACGGACGAGAUCGAUUGCAAUGGUAAUGGGAACUAUGACAUUGUCCCGACGAUUAAAAUCAGUGGCGAUGGUGUCCACGGCGCAUACCGUUCAUCGAUGAGGAUCCCACCCAGAUAUUGAGACAGCUGAAUGCGAAUCCACAGCGAGGACAAAACUUUCAUGACGCUCGUAUCAUUACGCUGACACCAAAGAACGUUG